AUGGACGACGCUUUAGAGUACAUGGAGUUAGACCUUCCUCAAGACAAUGAUAUGUCAACUUCCCUGCGCCUAGUCAAGCGAUACGUCAACGAGACUCUGGCAUCUGCCCUUGACGAACUAUCCACACCAGAUGGCCGACCAACCAUAACACUCAAACGAAGAUCAAGGAAUGUGUCACUUUUCAUUAGUCCCACAAGUAGAGCUCUUGAAAGCAACGGAGCAGACACAUAUAUCACCUAUUCCUGGCCCGGCGCAAACGCCUUCGAGGCAUGGAAGUUUACCGUUGUCUUUCGAGUUCUUGCAGUCGUUGCAGAUGCUAUUGACACAGGUUUAUUAGUUUCUAAAAGAGACAUAUACUACAGCGACCCGGUCUGCUUUGGGACACAGAAAGUUGUUGAUGCAAUCGUCGAUGAUCUGGCCUACACCAUCGGAGUUGACAGAUCCGCAUUGAAUAUUGAAGCGGCUGCAAAAGGGCUUGUGACGGGCUAUUGUAGCCUUCUAACCAAAUAUGGGGAGACAAUGGAUCUUAGAUUACCUGACAAGGACUGUCUAGUACCAAGUUCCCAAGACAACGGUGAAAUUGACAUCUCAGAUGCUAGCUGGGUCUUGAUCAUCGAGAAAGAGGCCAUAUACCGUCGACUUGCAAGAAGUAAUUAUCAUACUAGAGCGGCCGCAGGAAGAGGGAUUCUCAUCACUGGCAAAGGCUACCCAGACCUUUCAACUAGAGCCUUCCUACGAAAAAUAUAUGAGAAAAGCCGUAGAUCAGACAAAAUCCUACCUUUCUAUGGUCUAGUUGACAGCGACCCCGACGGCAUGGCUAUUAUGUCAACAUACAAGUACGGCUCAAUGGCACAUACGAACCAGAAUGGAAGAUUGAACAUUCCUUGUCUCUGUUGGUUGGGCCUCCGAACGUCCGAUGUCGUAUCUGGAGCACCGAGCAACGAUGACGGGGCUUUGAUUAGAUUGACGGCACGCGACAGAAAGAAGAUCAUGACCAUGUUGUCGAACAGCCCUGUAUGGGCAGCCGAAGGACCCGAACUGGAAUGGCGUGCAGAGCUGCAACAAAUGCUCAUGCUGAACCUGAAAGCUGAGAUCGAGAUACUUUAUGAUUGGGAUGGAGGACUGGAAGGAUGGAUUGAUCAAAAGAUGGUAGGUUUCUCUCCAUCGGAUAACUAG